GCCGGUCGGACACAUUUGCCCUGCGUCACCUGCCCAGAGCAGGUGGUGAAGGCAGGGUCUGACUCAGAGCACCCGCGCGCAGAGCCUGGGGUCUGACGCGGAGCCCGGCCUCUGUGAGAAGAGCACGUCCGUUGCUCCUCCUCUGCCGGCUCAGCCCCAGGCCUCGGCCUCAGGCUGUCCUGGGCUAACGGUGCCCGGUCACUGCUGGGCAUUUGGAGGAGAAGCGAGGGAGGUGGCAGCCCCGGGGGCUGUGAGCAGGGAGGCAGGUGGGCCCAGGGACCCAUGAAGGGGUGGCUAAGCCCAGUCCAGUCACCACCCGUCCACCAAGGGCCAGAGAUCAGGAAAGGAAGAAGGGCAGCUUCACUUCGUCCCUGAGGAUGGAGCCACACAGCCGUUCUGGAAGGAGCAGAAAACCCACCAAGCUCCGGGCUCUCUCCCGGUCCCUGAUGCUCUGCAAUGCCAAGACCAGCGACGACGGCUCCAGUCCCGAUGAGAAGUACCCAGAUCCCUUUGAGAUGUCUCUGGGCCAGGGCAACGAGGGGAUUUUCCAUUCCUCUGUGCAGCUGGCAGACACGUCGGAGGCCGGGCCCGGCAGCCUCCCUGACCUGGCGCCGUCCUCUGAGGCUGCUCCCAUCCCAGCCGCCUGCAGCGAUCGCGGCAAGGGCUGCAGGAGGACGUUCUUCACGAAGGAAGCUUCUACAACUUCCUCUCGAGAAAACUCCAGAAAACUAGAAGCACAAAGCAGUAACUUCCUGCUUCCCAAAGCCUGUCACCAAAGGACACGCAGCAAUUCAACCAGUGUCAAUCCCUACUGCACAGCAGAGAGAGAUUUUCCGGGGACGCAGAAGUCGGACGGGCAGCCCUAUUCCCUCUGCAGCAGCAGGAAGUCGCUCUCUCAGCAGCUGGACUGUCCUGCAGGAAAGGCUGUGGGCACCUCCAGACCCACGCGGUCACAGAGCACAGCUCAGCUCGUGCAGCCCUCGGGGGGCCUACAGGCCUCCGUCAUCUCCAGCGUCGUGCUGAUGAAGGGCCAGGCCAAGGGCCUGGGCUUCAGCAUCGUCGGGGGGAAGGACAGCAUCUACGGCCCCAUUGGGAUCUAUGUGAAGACCAUCUUUGCGGGGGGAGCAGCGGCCGCCGACGGCCGGCUACAAGAAGGUGAUGAAAUCCUGGAACUCAACGGUGAAUCAAUGGCUGGACUGACACAUCAGGACGCUUUGCAGAAGUUUAAGCAAGCAAAAAAGGGGCUUCUGACCCUCACGGUGAGAACGCGUCUGACGGCCCCCCACUGCCUGAGCAGCCACUUGUCACCUCCACUGUGCCGCUCCCUGAGCUCCAGCACCUGUGUCACCAGGGACAGCAGCUGCUUCCUCGGGGCACAGCCCGCGGCUCCCGCCAGCACGGCCAAGCCCAGCUACAGAGUCAUGGUGGAGGUGUCCCUGAGGAAAGAGGCCGGCGUCGGGCUGGGCAUCGGCCUGUGCAGCGUCCCCUACCUGCAGUGCGUCUCGGGCAUCUUCGUGCACACGCUGUCCCCGGGAUCUGUGGCGCAUCUGGACGGACGACUCCGGUGUGGUGACGAGAUCGUGGAAAUCAAUGAGUCGCCUGUGCCCUGCAUGACGCUGAAUGAGGUCCACUCGGUCCUGAGCCACUGUGAGCCCGGCCCCGUCCCCAUCAUCGUGAGCCGGCAUCCGGACCCACAGGUCUCUGAGCAGCAGCUGAAGGACGCGGUGGCCCAGGCCUUGGACAGUGUCAAGUUUGGGAAGGAGAGACAUCAGUGGAGUCUGGAAGCAGGCGUCAGAAGGCUGGAGAGCAGCUGGCACGGGCGGCCAGCCUUGGGCAAGGAGCGAGAGAGGAGCUGGGCAGCGCCCCCUCGCAGGGCUCCGAAGGUCAUGACGCGCUCCAGCAGUGACAGCAGCUGCAUGUCCACGUCCCCCGGUGGGAGUCCCAGCAGUGGCGGACAGCAGCAGCUGUCGGACCUGGAAGCGAGGACACACGGCCUGCCCCUGGGGCAGGAGCCUGGGCUGCUUCCCGCGGCCGCGUCCGGGCCCCUGCUCUGUGAGAAGCAGGACGGCCACCCGCCCCUGAGACUGAAGAAGUCCUUGGAGAUUUUCGUCAGAAAGCCGACGUCCUGCAAGCCGAAGCCUCCACCCAGGAAAUACUUUAAAAGUGGCACUGACUCGCCUAAGAGUCCGGAGGAGCAAGAGACCACGCUCUGCCCGUCUGAACACACCUUGCCCACCUGUGGACAGGAAGCCAGAGAACUGCUGCCACCGCUGCCACCGCAGGAAGUCACAGCAGGGAGAGUGUCCCACGCAGCCGCCUGCCACCCAGGACCUGCAGUCGUCCUGCAGACAGCGUCCCAGUCAGAGGCCGAGCCAGGGAGGAGAGCCGGCAGCUCAGUGACGCAGACGUCCCCAGGGAGACACCCGGUGCUGAAGAGGCAGGCUCGGCUGGACUGCAUCCUUGACAGCACCGCCGAAGACCCCUGGGUGAGAAUUUCCGACUGCAUCAAAAGCCUGUUCAGCCCCAUCAUGAGUGAGCACCACGGACACCUGCCACUCCAGCCCCCCGUCAGCCUUGGUGAAGAGGAAGGGACACAGGGCCACCCUGAUGGGAACCCCCUAAAGCUGGACGCCACCAGCGAUGCUCCCAAAACUUACACAUCCACAGACAGCAGCGUCGUGAAGAAGGGGCCUCCUGUGGCCCCCAAGCCAGCCUGGUUCCGCCAAAGCUUGAAAGGCCUGAGGCAUCGCGGUCCUGACCCCAGACCAUUGCCCGCGGCCUCGUGCACGCAGGCCACUCCCGCCCCCAGGGAGCGCCUGGGGCCACCCGCGCGGGCCUCCAGCUCCAUCAAGCAGAGAAUCAGCUCCUUCGAGACCUUCGGCUCCUCUCAGCCGCCCGACAGAGGAGCCCAGAGAGUGACCCCACAACCCCCCAGCUCCUCGGGGGAGGCAGCAAAGCCUCCUGUGAAGCAAGAGGGAGGACGGAUUCCCGGCUUCCUGGGGCGAGGGGCUCCCCGCGCUGCGGAGCAGCCAGCCCCUGGUUCCCACACGGCCACGGAGGCCAGCGACCCAGGUGUGCCAGGAACCCCCCCUCCGGGGCGGGUGCCCAGUCCCGAAGCCCGAAGCCCUGACCCCGACCCUCUCCUGAAGCUGCUGUCCACGCAGAGCCCACCGUCUCAGGGCUCAGUGGUGAAGGUGCCCAGCCAGCGGGCACGGAGCUUCCCGCUGACCAGGACCCGGUCUUGUGAGGUACAGCCGCUGGACGAAAAGACCUGUAAACUCUACUCCAUCAGCAGCCGGCUGUCAUCGGCUGUCAUGAAGUCCCUGCUGUGCCUUCCCUCCUCGCUGUCUGGUGGCCAGACCCCCUGCAGCCCCAAGGAAGGGGCGUCUCCAGUGUCCUCGUCCAGCGAGGCCCCAGCUGCGAACAGCUGUGCUGGGGCGGGGGCCUCCGACCACGGCUUCUCUGUCAACCUUUCAGAGCUGAGAGAAUACACGGAGGGUCUCAGUGAGCCCACGGAGGCCGACGACUGUGCAUCCCCUUCCUGCCAGUCCGUCAUCUCCCUGCUGAGCUCGGAGGAGCUAAAGAAGCUCAUCGAGGAAGUGAAGGUUCUGGAUGAAGCGACACUGAAGCAACUAGACACCGUCCGCGUCACUGUCCUGCACAAGGAACAGGGGACAGGCCUGGGCUUCAGCCUGGCAGGCGGAGCGGACCUGGAGAACAAGGUGGUCACGGUUCACAGAGUGUUCCCCAACGGCUUGGCGUCCCAGGAAGGGACUAUUCAGAAGGGAACCGAGGUUCUUUCCAUCAACGGCAAGUCCCUCAAAGGGGCCACCCACAGUGACGCGCUGGCCAUCCUGCGCCAAGCUCGGGACCCCAGGCAAGCGGUAAUCGUCACCAGGAGGCCACCGCUGGAGGCCACGACUGACCGGAGCUCCCCUGACUCUGCCGCCUCAUCCUCUGUGGCCAGUGACGUCUCCGUAGAAUCCACGGUAGAGACCACAGUCUGCACAGUGACACUGGAGAAGACCUCUGCUGGGCUGGGCUUCAGCCUGGAAGGAGGGAAAGGCUCCCUGCACGGGGACAAACCUCUCACCGUUAACCGCAUUUUCAAAGGGGCAGCCUCGGAACAGAGUGAGACAGUCCAGCCAGGAGAUGAAAUCUUACAUUUGGCCGGCACGGCCGUGCAGGGUCUCACGCGCUUUGAAGCCUGGAACGUCAUCAAGGCGCUGCCUGAUGGACCUGUCACAAUUCUCAUCAGGAGGAAGAGCCCGCAGUCCGAGGGGACCCCAGCUGCCGGGAACCCUUAGGCAGAGUGCCGACGCUGACGCCAAAGCCACAGCAUGUGGAUU